AUGGCAUUGGAAGAUAUCAAAGCCUCUUACAGCAACGUAUUUGAAGGGCUUGGGCUCCUCAGCCCCGAAUUACACCUCAACAUUGAUGAAAGUGCAAAACCAGUUCAAUUGCCACCACGCAAGGUCCCUGAAUCUCUCAAGCAGUCACUUAAAGCCCACUUGGACGAGCUUGUUGCCCUUAGUAUUAUUGAAAAGCUAGAAGCACCAACGGAAUGGAUUAGCUCUAUUGUGGUAGCCCCAAAACUGAACGGGAAAAUUCGGCUGUGCCUCAACCCCCAACCACCACCCACUACCCAACAGCAUUGUCCUUACGUCAGACAGCAUCCAAGCAGACCCAGCAAAGAUCCAAGCCAUACUCAACAUGCAGCCACCGAUUGA